AUGUCCCCGCGAUGGAGUAAUUGUGCCGUGGAGGAGCGGGAGAUCGGCAGCCUCUCAUGUUCUCCUCAGGCAUGCACGUCCGGUACACGUCCAGUGCCUCGCUCGCAUCUGCAACCUAGCCGUCCAGCUAGCGUUGAAGAAUGUGAGCAAGAUCGCAACCUUUGCAACGCUAGGGACGCUGCACGCCUGCAGUCCCUGCAGAUCACAAACGAGAUGUGGAAGGAUUUGGAGGAGCUCGCCAACUUUCUACGACCAUUUCAUGCUGCUGAGGGGUCCACCUACCCCACCAUCAACAGGGUGGUCCCACAGUUCAAUGAGCUCCUGGACGAGCUCGAGAGGACGAGGGACUGCACGACCACUCCACCCUCCCAGCUGGGGAAAACGGCCAAGGUUUGCUUGCAAAAGGCGGAGGUGGAGGCGGUUGGGUUGGAGAUGGAGGACGUUCUACCGAGUCGAGUAAAACUCGACUCGGUCCGAUGCUCAUGUCUAAUGCUGGGUGUGGUGGUGAUUCUGGUGGGUUUGGUGAUGAUUGUGCUGGGUGUGGUGGUGAUUGUGCUGGCUGUGCUGGUGAUUAUGCUGGGUGUGGUGGUGAUUGUGAUGGCUGUGGUGCUGAUUGUGCUGGCUGUGGUGCUGAUUGUGCUGGGUGUGGUGGUGAUUGUCCUGGGUGUGGUGGUGAUUGUCUUGGGUGGUGAUUGUCCUGGGUGUGGUGGUGAUUCUGCUGGGUGUGGUGGUGAUUGUGCUGGCUGUGAUGGUGAUUGUGCUGGCUGUGGUGGUGAUGGUGCUGGCUGUGGUGGUGAUUGUGCUGGCUGUGGUGGUGAUUGUGCUGGCUGUGGUGGUGAUGGUGCUGGCUGUGGUGGUGAGGUGGUGAUUGUGCUGGCUGUGGUGGUGAUUGUGCUGGCUGUGCUGGUGAUUGUGCUGGCUGUGGUGGUGAUGGUGCUGGCUGUGGUGGUGAUUGUGCUGGCUGUGGUGGUGAUUGUGCUGGCUGUGGUGGUGAUUGUGCUGGGUCUGGUGGUAAUUGUGCUGGCUGUGGUGGUGAUUGUGCUGGCUCUGGUGGUGAUUGUGCUGGGUGAGGUGGUGAUUGUGCUGGCUAUGGUGGUGAUUGUGCUGGCUGUGCUGGUGAUUGUGCUGGGUGUGGUGCUGAUUGUGCUGGUUGUGGUGGUGAUUGUGCUCAAUGUGGUGGUGAUUUUGCUGGCUGUGGUAGUGAUUAUGCCGGGUGUGGUGGUGAUUGUGCUGGCUGUGGUGGUGAUUGUGCUGGCUGUAGUGGUGAUUUUGCUGGGUCUGGUGGUGAUUCUGUUAGGUGUGGUGGUGAUUGUGCUGGCUGUGGUGGUGUUUGUGCAGGGUGUGGUGGUGAUUGUGCUGGGUGGGGUGGUGAUUGUGCUGGCUGUGGUGCUGAUUGUGCUGGCUGUGGUGCUGAUUGUGCAGGGUGUGGUGCUGAUUGUGCAGGGUGUGGUGCUGAUUGUGCUGGGUGUGGUGGUGAUUGUGCUGGGUGUGGUGGUGAUUGUGCUAGAUGUGGUGGUGAUUGUGCUGGGUGUGGUGGUGAUUGUGCUGGAUGUGGUGGUGAUUGUGCUGGCUGUGGUGGUGAUUGUGCUGGCUAUGGUGGUGAUUGUGCUAGGUGUGGUGGUGAUUGUGCUGGCUGUGGUGGUGAUUGUGCUGGGUGUGGUGGUGAUUAUGCUGGGUGUGGUGGUGAUUGUGCUUUGUGUGGUGGUGACUGUGCUGGGUGUGGUGGUGAUUGUGCUGGGUGUGGUGGUGAUUAUGCUGGGUGUGAAGGUGAUUAUGCUGGGUGUGGUGGUGAUUAUGGUGGGUGUGGUGGUGAUUAUGCUGGGUGUUGUGGUGUUUGUGCUGGGUGUGGUGGUGAUUCUGCUGGGUGUGGUGGUGAUUGUGCUGGCUAUGGUGGUAAUUAUGCUGGGUGUGGUGGUGAUUGUGCUGUGUGUGGUGGUGAUUGUGCUGGGUGUGGUGGUGAUUGUACUGGCUGUCGUGGUAAUUGUGCUGGGUGUGGUGGUGAUUGUGCUGGGUUUGGUGGUGAUUGUACUGGGUGUGGUGGUGAUUGUGCUAGGCGUGGUGAUGGUUGUGCUGGCUGUGGUGGUGAUUGUGCUGGGCGUGGUGAUGGUUGUGCUGGGCGUGGUGGUGAUUACGGUGGCGACUCCAAACUCGCCCACCAGAAUGGGCCGGCCUAUCUGCAGAAUUGAUGGGCGGCCUAUCCUGGUGGGCGAGUUUGGGGUGGCGAUGGCGAGUCUGGGCACCACAGAGGAGCAGCAGAAGGAGUUCACUCUCGCUCAGAUGCAGGCGCUGGGGCAUUCGCAGGUAGAAUGGUUCUUCUGGUCCUGGAAACUCAAUGUCACAGGUACGUGA